AUGUGCAACUCCAACGUCAAGUCCGCGGGCGUGGCCCAGAUCGACGGCCGCCCGGUGCUGCAGCCGGCGGGCAACCGCGUGGCGGCGCCGGCGGACGCCGCCCGCCCGCUCAAGAAGUCCCUGCAGAAGUCGCUCUCUAUGCCGGCUUCCUACGACAACAACAACAAUGCCACUGCGGCCGCCCGCCCCGCGGCGGCGGCUUCUCUGCUGCCUCCUUCGACGCCGGCCUCGGUCACCGCGAGGGCGGCGGCGAGGGCGGUGGGCGCCGCCGUGGCCGCUGAGAAGACCAGCAGGUCCACCAAGGCCAGCAGGAAGCCCGGCGCCGUGCUGCCGGUGGUGACGUUCGCGGCGCUGGAGGCGUUCGAGCCAGCCGCAGCCGGGAGCAUCGCCGCGGCGCAGCGGGAGCACGCCGCGCAGGCGCAGGCGCAGCGCAAGCUGCGGAUCGCGCACUACGGCCGCACCGCGUCCUUCUCCCGGGUGGAGAGCCGAGUCGGCGCCACCGCCACCGCCACGGCCGCGGCCGCUGCCGAGCCGGCCGUCCCCGCCUCACCCACCGGCCACGACGAGAAGCGCUGCAGCUUCAUCACGCCCUACUCAGACCCUCUGUAUGUCGCGUACCACGACGAGGAGUGGGGAGUGCCCGUGCACGACGACGAGUUGCUAUUCGAGAUGCUCACACUGUCUGGCGUGCAAGUCGGGGCCGACUGGACUUCCAUCCUCAAGAAAAGACACGUCUACAGGGAGGCAUUCUCCGGCUUCAACGUGGACGCGGUCUCCAAGUACACCGAGAAGCAGAUGGCGUCGCUGAGCGCCGACUACGGCCUGGAUUUGGGCACCGUCAGAGGAACCGUCAACAACGCCUGCCGGAUUCUCGAGGUGCGGAGGGACUUUGGCUCACUGGACAAGUACGUGUGGGCGUUCGUGAACAACAAGCCGCUGUCGCCGAGCUACAAGUACAGCCGGAAGAUCCCGGUGAAGACGUCCAAGUCGGAGUCCAUCAGCAAGGACAUGGUCCGGCGCGGCUUCCGCUUCGUCGGCCCCACUGUCAUCCACUCCUUUAUGCAGGCGGUCGGGCUCACCAAUGACCACCUCGUCUCGUGCCCGCGCCACCGCGUCUGCUCCGCCGCCGCCGCCGCACGCGUUAACUGA